GGGGGCCGGCCGGCCGCGGGGCCGGCAUCAUGUCGGCGGCGCAGGUGUCCUCGUCCCGGAGACAGUCCUGCUACCUGUGCGACCUGCCCCGCAUGCCCUGGGCCAUGAUCUGGGACUUCUCGGAGCCCGUCUGCCGCGGCUGCGUCAACUACGAGGGCGCGGACCGCAUCGAGUUCGUGAUCGAGACGGCGCGCCAGCUGAAGCGGGCGCACGGCUGCUUCCAGGACGGCCGCUCUCCCGGGCCGCCGCCGCCCGUGGGGGUCAAGACGGUGGCCCUGUCGGCCAAGGAGGCGGCGGCCGCGGCCGCGGCUGCAGCGGCGGCCGCGCAGCAGCAGCAGCAGCAGCAGCAACAGCAGCAGCAGCUCAACCACGUCGAUGGCGCCGGCAAGCCCGCGGUGCUGGCGGCCCCGUCCGGCCUGGAGCGCUACGGCCUGAGCGCGGCCGCGGCCGCCGCCGCAGCCGCCGCCGCGGUGGAGCAGCGCAGCCGCUUCGAGUACCCGCCGCCCCCGGUGAGCCUGGGGAGCAGCAGCCACGCCGCGCGGCUGCCCAACGGGCUGGGGGGCCCCAACGGCUUCCCCAAGCCCGCGCCCGAGGAGGGCCCGCCGGAGCUGAACCGCCAGAGCCCCAACUCGUCCUCGGCGGCGGCGUCGGUGGCGUCCCGGCGCGGGGCGCACGGGGGGCUGGUGACCGGGCUGCCCAACCGGGGCGGGGGCGGCCCCCAGCUCGCCGUGCCCCCCAACCUGCUGCCGCAGACGCUGCUUAACGGCCCGGCCGGCGCCGCCGUGCUGCCCCCGCCGCCCCCGCACGGCCUGAGCGGUCGCGGGCCCCCGACGCCGGCGCCCCCGGGAGCCCCCGGCGGCCCCGCGUGCCUCGGCGGCACCCCGGGCGUCGCGGCCGCCUCGUCCUCCGCGGCGUCGUCGACCUCGUCGUCGGUGGCCGAGGUGGGCGUGGGCGCCGGUGGCAAGAGGCCCGGCUCGGUGUCGAGCACCGACCAGGAGCGCGAGCUGAAGGAGAAGCAGCGCAACGCCGAGGCCCUGGCGGAGCUGAGCGAGAGCCUGCGCAACCGCGCCGAGGAGUGGGCCAGCAAGCCCAAGAUGGUGCGCGACACGCUGCUCACGCUGGCCGGCUGCACGCCCUACGAGGUGCGCUUCAAGAAGGACCACUCGCUGCUGGGCCGCGUCUUCGCCUUCGACGCCGUGUCCAAGCCCGGCAUGGACUACGAGCUGAAGCUGUUCAUCGAGUACCCCACGGGCUCGGGCAACGUGUACUCCAGCGCGUCGGGGGUGGCCAAGCAGAUGUACCAGGACUGCAUGAAGGACUUUGGCCGGGGGCUCUCCUCCGGGUUCAAGUAUCUGGAGUACGAGAAGAAGCACGGCUCCGGAGACUGGCGCCUGCUCGGGGAUCUGCUGCCCGAGGCCGUGCGCUUCUUCAAGGAGGGCGUGCCCGGCGCCGACAUGCUCCCCCAGCCCUACCUGGACUCCAACUGCCCCAUGCUGCCCACAGCGCUGGUGAGUCUGAGCCGCGCCCCGAGCGCGCCCCCCGGGACCGGAGCCCUGCCGCCCGCGGCCGCCUCGGGCCGGGGCGCAGCCGCCAGCCUGCGCAAGAGGAAGGCGUCCCCCGAACCCCCGGACUCGGCCGAGGGCGCGCUGAAGCUGGGCGAGGAGCAGCAGAGGCAGCAGUGGAUGGCGAACCAGAGCGAGGCGCUGAAGCUCACCAUGUCGGCCGGGGGCUUUGCGGCGCCGGGGCAUGCGGCCGGAGGCCCGCCCCCGCCGCCCCCACCCCUGGGACCCCAUUCCAAUCGGACCACCCCGCCCGAGUCAGCCCCUCAGAACGGCCCGUCCCCCAUGGCCGCCCUCAUGUCGGUGGCAGACACUCUGGGCACGGCGCACUCGCCCAAGGACGGCAGCUCCGUGCACUCCACCACCGCGUCCGCGCGGCGCAACAGCAGCAGCCCGGUGUCGCCCGCCUCGGUGCCGGGGCAGCGCCGCUUGGCAUCACGGAACGGGGACCUGAAUUUACAGGUGGCACCUCCGCCGCCUAGCACCCACCCGGGCAUGGACCAAGUACACCCCCAAAACAUUCCAGAUUCCCCCAUGGCCAACAGCGGGCCCCUCUGCUGUACCAUUUGCCACGAACGUUUGGAGGACACACAUUUCGUGCAGUGCCCAUCCGUCCCCAGCCACAAAUUCUGCUUCCCUUGCUCCAGAGAGAGCAUCAAGGCCCAGGGGGCUACCGGCGAGGUUUACUGCCCCAGCGGGGAGAAAUGCCCCCUAGUCGGGUCGAAUGUACCUUGGGCUUUCAUGCAGGGGGAAAUCGCGACUAUCUUAGCUGGGGAUGUCAAGGUGAAAAAGGAGAGAGACCCUUGAACCGCCUCUGCCCCAGACCUGCUCCUCGCCCACCCAGAGGGCCCCUACCCUACCCAGCUGGGGCCUCCCUCCCCUCACCCCCAAGAUGUAGAAUUGUGAAUAUAUCAAACUGCAAAAAGUUAGUCUUAUGUAUAGACAUUAUUUUCGUGGUAUGUUUCUAUAUUUUGAAACAAAGGUAUGUAACUUCUUUAUUUGAAGGAUAAGCUGGUUUGUGUUAAGCAGUAUAAUAUUGGUUGGAUCAUUUGCAUCAUAUUCGUUAGCAUUUAUUUGGUGGCAGUGUUUGCCUAGGUACAGAAUUAAUAGCCCUUAGCAACGACUGCUGCUGGUGUGUAUUUUUGUAAAUGUUAUGCACUCUUUGAAAGGAAAAAAACACACACAAAAGAAAAUGACUUUUUUUUUUUUUUUUUUUUUUGCCAAGGCCAGUGUUGCUGCCUAAGAAAAAAAUGAUGCUAUAAAAAUGGUGAAAGCUUCCUUCUGAACAGCCCCAAGUGUUAAAGUCUUCACUUUAUUUUGUUCUGUUCUGUUUUGUUUUGUUUUUCUGUUAUGUUUGCAAAAUGGUAAGAGGGGUGUUGGGGGGGCGGGUGUUUUCUGUUGCAAGUUUGUGAGGGAAAUGUUUUGGUUUGUUUCCACUGACCUGAAUGUGUUGGGUCUUCAUGUGUUGUUUCGUUUUUGCUUUCUUGAUGCACGGAUGCUUUUGAACAGUAGAGCGAAAUGCUAGACAUGGAGAAUCUGCUCUGUUUGUCCUUUCUACAUUUCUGUAGUUUAACAGAACACUGUAAUGUGCCUUGGAGCUUAGUAACUUGUAAUAAAUUCAAUUGCUAUUAA